ACCAAAACAGCCAUCACAACCUUCUUCAGAAUAGAGGAAAAUAUUGUGGCCUUGGAAAAUCAGAGCAGUGCAUUUUACCAAUUGAAAACCUUAACCCAUUUCUUCUUUUUGCCCGUAGGAUGUUUAUUACUGUUUAGUGUUCAUUGGCCUCAAAGUACCAUUUAGAGAAAGGACCUGGGAGCAAUAGAGUAACUCAACGCUCUGCAAGGUCUAGAGCAACUAACAUGUACAAACAACCAUAAACUCAACUGAGCAGGUGAUGUCUACCAGCAGAUUCUAGCUUACCCCAAAAGUGGGGUGUGACCUAGUGUUCCAGUGUUUACAAACUGACAUAAGGAUGGCAAAGGCUGGUGCUGACUGCAGACUUCUCACAGGAACCAUGUCAUUGCAUCCUUACAACCACCCUGCUCUGACCUAGUCUUUUUACUGCAGAGGACGCUGAAGCACAGAACAGUUAGGUGACCUGCCCAAAGUCAUAUGACAGCAAAGAAGUUCAUAAAUCACAUUAAGUCAGAAAGUAGCCAGUUACAAACAAAAUGAGUCUUCCCACGUUACUGUAUCCUUAUCAGCAUCUCCUAAACGGCCUUAGGGUGCCUUCCCCACGGCUCCACUGCAUCCUUCACUCAGGUCGGCAUCCUGCAUCCCGAUCCCCAAGUGCUCCUGCAGCCAAGCCCCCUGGACACCAGUGUACUAAGUGGGUGCUGCUGUCUGCAGGCCUAAGGAGAGCAUUAUGUGCCCAGGCAACCUCGAAGGACCACACGGAAGGACUUUCUGAUAAAGAACAAAGAUUUGUGGAUAAACUUUAUACGGGUUUAAUCCGCGGGCAAAGAGCUUGCUUAGCGGAGGCCAUAACUCUUGUGGAAUCAACUCAUGCGAGGAAGAAGGAGCUGGCUCAGGUGCUUCUUCAGAGGGUCCUGGCCCACCACCGAGAGCAGGAGCGGCUCAACCAGGGGAAGCCUCUCACGUUUCGAGUAGGAUUGUCUGGGCCCCCUGGUGCAGGGAAAUCAACCUUUAUAGAAUAUUUUGGAAAAAUGCUGACUGAGAGAGGGCACAGAUUAUCUGUGUUAGCAGUGGACCCAUCUUCUUGCACCAGUGGUGGAUCCCUCUUAGGUGAUAAAACCCGGAUGACUGAGCUAUCAAGAGAUAGGAAUGCAUACAUCAGGCCAUCUCCUACCAGUGGGACUUUAGGAGGUGUGACAAGGACCACAAAUGAAGCUAUUCUGUUAUGUGAAGGAGGGGGAUAUGACAUCAUUCUUAUUGAAACUGUAGGUGUGGGGCAGUCGGAGUUUGCUGUCGCUGAUAUGGUUGACAUGUUUGUUCUGCUGCUGCCACCAGCAGGAGGGGAUGAGCUGCAGGGCAUCAAAAGGGGUAUAGUUGAGAUGGCAGAUCUGGUCGUUAUCACUAAAUCUGAUGGAGACUUGGUUGUGCCGGCCUGCAGGAUACAGGCAGAGUACGUGAGUGCACUCAAAUUACUGCGCAGGCGCUCAGAAGUCUGGAGACCAAAGGUCAUUCGCAUUUCCGCCAGAACUGGAGAGGGCAUCAGUGAAGUGUGGGAUGCAAUGAGAGAAUUUCAGGACGUAAUGCUGGCCAGUGGGGAGCUGACCACCAAGAGACAGAAGCAGCAGAAAGUCUGGAUGUGGAAUCUCAUUCAGGAAAACAUCUUACACCUUUUCAAGACCCAUCCGAGCACCCGAGAACAGAUUCCUCUAAUGGAGAGGAAGGUUCUCAGCGCAGCCCUCUCCCCAGGACUAGCAGCAGACUUAUUGUUGAAAGCUUUUAAAAACAGCCACUAAUAAUAAACUUAUCCUAUACAAUCAUUUUA